GGUAUAUAAAGAGCGAUGGCUCCUGAGCUGUGUGUGAGUCUGUGGAUGAAUGUGCUCAAGUGCGGUGCUCGAGGUGCUAAGAAUUCGUGCGGAGGUGGAAAACUUUUCAAUAUGACUGCUAAAAUGUUUGUGAAUUUUGGCAUAUUUUGCAUUAUUCUCGCACAUACUCAUGAGCGUGCUCACGGUGCACCUGAGCUCAGUUUCGUGGAUCGCGUGACGAGUGGCGUGGCAUUGGGUGUGGGGAAGAGCGUUGACAUCCUGAUGAAUGCCCCACAAUUCAUCCCGACGGUGCAGGAGUUGGGAAACUUGGGCAAGGAGGCAUUCUUCGGUUUGCCUUCGAAAGUCGUGCUGGAUGGCGUGAAUUCCUUCUGCUCACUCGCCGUGGCGACAGACACGAACCUGAGCCGGGAUGAGAAGGACAAGCCUGACUUCAGGAACUUGAGUAUCAUCCUGUAUGAGGAGAGUGAAAAUGCCUCGUUUCCCCUGGACGACAUGGACAGUCUCGUGCAGCAUCCUUCGUUCAAAAAGAACGCUCCGGUGGUGAUUCUGGUCACUGGCUGGAUGUCCAACACCAAGGAUUCCACCAAUAGUGUCGCGAAGGCGAUGUACAAUGCUUAUCAGUGCAGAGGAGAUACAAAUCUGCUGUACGUGGACACGGCGGAGUACAUCACGACACUGUACUUGUGGUCAGCUGUGAACACGGAAGAAGUGGGUGAAAUUAUUGCGCCCGCCGUUCGCGAUCUCGCGAAGUACGUCAACGUUAGUCAGAUUCACGUGAUGGGACACAGCUUGGGAGCUCACAUUUCCGGUGCCAUUGGGCGAUACUUUGAGCUGCUGACCAACAAAACCCUGCCCAGGAUAACUGGCCUGGAUCCCGCGCGGCCGUGCUUCAAUCACGGCGAAUCUCUGCACGGUCUUCGGCGCGGAGACGCGGACUUUGUGGAUGUCAUUCACAGCAAUUCCGACGGCUUGGGCAAGAAGGAGCCCAUCGGCGACGUGGACUUCUAUCCCAAUGGUGUGAAGGUCCUGAUGCCGGGAUGCCUGGACAUCAGCUGCUCGCACUCGAUGGCGUGGCGAUACUACGCCGAGAGUGUGUAUCCGGGAAAUGAAAACGCUUUCAUGGCCACGCGAUGCAACUCCCUGAAGGCGUACUCGUCGAAAAAGUGUCCCUUCCCGCCCAUUCCCAUGGGCUUCGCCACCCCGACUAAUGUCAAGGGAAAUUUCUUCCUGGAGACAAACUCCGACGAGCCUUAUGGAAAGCAGUCGACGAAGGAGAAGAAAUGCCAAUCAACACAGUAAUUAUUGAAGCAAACUUUACCUCUGAACGUUCGUACGCUUUUCUUUCUUUCUUGUUUUUUUGUACAAAUAUUAAUAAAAAAAUUCUAUACUGUAAA